AUGCUCCGAGCUCGUUUUCUCCGCGAUUCUACCGGUCGGUGGAUGCAAUAUAUUCCUCUCGACCGAUCAAACAGCCACGCCUAUCAGGUCUUACACGUGUCUGACGUGGACGAGAUCAAGCCCUUCACGGCACCCAACCAGGAUGGCUUUGAUCUGGAACACGGUCCCCUCCUCCGCGCCAUCAUCUUUGUUCUCUCGAACGGGGACCGCUAUCUCGCCCUCACCGUCCACCACAUGAUCAUUGACACAGUCUCCUGGCGAAUCCUCCUCCAGGACCUCCAACAGGGCCUCUCCUCAGGAGAGAUCUCCUCGCGCCCCUCCGACUCGUUCGCGCGAUGGUGUCGCCGUCUCAAAGACCACGCGGAAAACAAAUGGACCCCAGAGUCCGUCCUCCCGUUCACCGUCCCAACCCCUCGCUACGAUUACUGGGCCAUGGAUGAAUCCAUGAAUCUCUUCCACACCGAAACGAUCCAGCAAUUCACCCUCGACACAGCCACCACUUCCUUGCUCAUGGGUUCCUGUAACAAGCGAUUCCAGACCAAGCCCUUGGAUAUCUUCCUUGCGGCAGUGUUCCAUGCGUUCGGUGCGACGUUCACGGAUCGUGCGCUGCCGGCGAUUUUCAUUUACAGUCAUGGUCGAGAUGAGUUUGGGGCAGAGUUGGAUGUGUCGAAUACAAUCGGGUGGUUCACGUCGUCGACGCCGGUGCUCAUUCGCUCAUCGACUAAUCUUCUUGACAAUCUCCAAAAUGUCCGUUCGGUCCGGGCACAAGUCCCUGGGAACGGCGUGCCCUACUGGGCCACCCGCUGGCUGACAGAGGCCGGACAAGCGGCGUUCGCCCAUCACAGCCCGUUCGAGCUAUCGCUCAACUACCUAGGCCAAUACCAGCAGCUGGAGCGCGAUGAUUCGGUACUGCGAUACGUGGACGUGGAGAAACCCAAGGCAGAUGGCUCGGGGGCGCUACUGCGAAGGACGGCGUUAGUAGAGACGCAGGCGAUUGUCAUUGGGGAGGAGCUGCAGAUUAAAUUUGUGUAUAACGCGCGGAUGGCGAGGCAGCAGGAGCUGCUGGUGUGGCAGGCGAGGGUUAAGGAGGCCUUACUUGAGAUUGCGGGGAGUCUAGGGGCUGAUUCGUAG